AUGCACGGACGAAGACUGCUCUCCACCUAUUUCUUUCGGAGAUCUUGGAGCCUGUGUCGCCGCGCGCCGGGGACCCCGCGCGGCAAGGCCUGGGGCGCGCUCUCGGCGGGUACCGAGAGGCACCCGCACACCCCCAGCCGCGAUUGGCCGGCGGCGCAGUCACUCAGAGCUGACACGUCAGGGCAGCCGCUCCCUCGCUCCUCCCGCCUCCUUUUCCCCGCGCUUGGCAAGAAAAGCGGGCAACGUGGAGCUGGAACAAAGGACCCCGCGGUCCACGGCGAGCAGGGACUCCGUGCCACCCCAUACCUAACCCCAGGAAGCAAUGCGCUCGCAGGGCGACUCCGUGUCCCCACGCGCCGUCCGCGGGGAGUCUUAGCACGCGGAGCCCCGAACCGCAGCCCGCACCUCGCUCCUGACAGCGGGAGAAACCACGUCUACGGUCCGCGGUGGCCGCCGCUCUCAUCCGGGGGGUCGUCCUUCCUAGCCGUCCGCUGGGCCAGGUCCCGGGGACCUCCGUCACCCCAGCGCGGAGGAGCCAGACGGUCCCCGCCCCGGCGGAGGAAGGUCCCGGACCACCGCGCUCGUCCCGUCCCCACCCCCCAAACCCCCCGCGCCAGCCGGCAACCGCAGGAGCGCGGAGCCCCGCGAUGCCCGUGUCUCCUGGGGCAGCGGGACGCUCCGCACAACCACCAUCUUCCCACCCCGCCCUCUCCCUCCCGCGGCGCCCGCGUACAGCGCGUUACCUGGGUCAUCUCUGAAGAGAUGGCGAAAUUCAUCUCCGGAGCUCCGACGGGCUGUAGGCGGAAGGCGCUGGAAGGGGCGCGGGGCGACCGGGCGGGAGGCUGCGGGCGGAAGGAGAUCACCGGGGUCCUCGCAGGAACUCGCUCGCCGCCACGACACGCCCAACACCUCUGAGCGACCGACCUCCACGCGCGUCCCGAACACACUGCCGCCGCCGCGGCCGCCGCGCGCGCUCCCUUGCACGUCACCACGUGCGCUGCCGCCAACGCCUCCCCGGCCGCUUCCGGCUCGAAUGCCGGAGCGAAUCGCAGGCAAACUCCCGCCCUGAGGCUCCGCCCCCGGACAGAGCCCGCCCACCUCAGAGCUCAGCCGCCCCCUCCUUCCUUCCUUCUCCGCUCAACUAGGUCAGCGCAAGGUGAUCCGGGAGAGCGGAGCGUCGGCGACCGCUCCUCCUGUUACUUAGCCUCACACCCUCGCUUCGCCCUUUUCCCACUGUCCAGGAACUGGUUCCUUCCUGCCUCCAUCACCUGCCCUGCCUUCUCCAAGAGAUCGACGUGGCGAUUAGAGUUCUCAGCGUCACACUGACUUCUAAGGCAACCAGCCUAGACUGGAUCGGCCGGUUGUGGGACCCCCUGCAGUAGUUGGGCGUAAAGCUCUUACUUUGGAGGUGGAGGGGUGAAAAGAACGGAGGGAGAAGGGAUAAGUCAGGGGAGGGCCUGAACAUCCAGCCCCUCUUUCGGCCUGCUUUGGCCAGUUUCCUGUUAUCUGAAGUCAACGAGGGGAAGGACAAGGAAAACGCACAGCACUGGAUCUGGCCAUGUCUGCACAGAGACAGAGGCAGGAGGAUCACCUUGAGCCAGGCUAGCCAGGCUACCUA